AUGAAUAGAGGAGGUGGUGUGGUUGAGCAAAUGAUGGGUUCCGGGAACCCUAACUGCUGGAACUCUCCUUCUUCUGAUUUCUUGUCAUACUCCUCCACUACUAAUACUCCUUCUUCAUACACCAACUUUCUUCUGAAUCCACCACCACCAUAUGUACCUCAUCCUCCCACUUCUUACUGGCAUGAACAUGAGCAUGAGCAUCACAAUAAUACUAAUCCAGAGCUUCCCGUGGUGGGAGAAGAAGAGAAUGGUAGAGGUAUAUGGCAGCAUCAUGCAUCAGAGCUUGAUGAUGUGAAGCAAGAAAGGUCCGUAGAGAGCAGUUAUGUGUACGGUGAUGGAAGUGCAGGGAAACCUAACUGGUCUCACAAUCAGAUGAUACUGCUUCCUCCUAAUGCUUCUUCUUCUUCCAAUUCUACUUCACCCAAAUCAUCAUGUGUCACCUUCACCACCAGCAUCUUGGACUUCUCCACCCAGCCCACGCUUCCUCCACCUCCACCUCCACCUCCAUCUUCCGCCGAGUGCAAUAGCAUCGCAGGUGGUGGAGCAUCGAAGAAAGCUAGGGUUCAACAGUCGACGUCUUCGGCGACGUUCAAGGUUAGGAAGGAGAAGUUAGGUGACAGAAUCGCAGCUCUCCAUCAACUCGUUUCCCCAUUUGGAAAGACUGACACUGCGUCUGUCUUAUUAGAAGCUAUUGGGUAUAUCAGAUUCCUUCAGAGUCAAAUUGAGGCCCUUAGCUUACCUUACUUGGUCAAUGGAUCACCAAACAUGAAACACCAAAAUCCUGUUCAAGGAGAGAAGAGUUGUUUAUUCCCUGAAGAUCCCGGUCAGCUGCUGAAUGAAAACUGCUUGAAGAAGAGGAAAGCAACUACUCAGCAGGAGGGUUCCCAGCAUCAAGAAGAAGCAAAGAAGGACCUGAGGAGUAGGGGGUUGUGUCUGGUUCCAGUGUCAUGCACACUGCAAGUUGGAAGUGACAAUGGAGCUGAUUAUUGGUCUCCUGCUUUUGGUGCUGGAGGAUUUCGAUAGAUCCAUCUAGCUGCUACUCUGAUCUCUGCUAUAAUUUAUCGGGGGUAACAUAUAUAUAUAUAUAUACAAAGAUAUGUAUAUGGAACCACGUUGAGACGAAAAUUCAUGAAUUUGUACAACAUCACGAGCAGUCAAUCUGCUACAAAAUCUAAGGCUGAUUGCUCAUGAUGCUAUACAACAUUCCUGAAUAAAUUGUGUACUUACCCUAUUUCAACCACUAGUUGCAAACCUUUGGUAACACUACUUAAUACAUCAUGGGAAUCGAGCUGUUAUUUUUA